AUGUCUCUCAAACGUAAAGCAACCACAAAUCCUACUAACGACGCCAAAAAACCUAAAGCAAACGGAUCAAUUACUUCAUUCUUCGGUCCACCAAAAACCGUAUCCUCAACUGCCAAAGGAUCUGGUAACUCUGCAGAUUCUACUGCACCAGCAGCAGCAGCAUUCAAAUUCAACAAGGAGAAAUGGAUAGCUACAUUAACAGAAGAGCAGAAGGAUUUGUUGAAAUUGGAGAUUGAAACACUACAUGAGAGCUGGUUGGCUGUAUUAAAAGAUGAAAUUGUAGGAAAAGAAUUUCUGGAAUUAAAGAAGUUUUUGAAGAAGGAAUUGGAGGGAAAGGAUAAGAUAUUUCCUCCGAUGGAAGAUGUUUACUCUUGGUAUUUACAUUCUUGCCUUCAUUCAAUCGUUCAAUUGCGCUCAAGUAACAAAUGGUUAAUCAAAACAAUGAACAGGUCAAGGCAUACACCUUUCAACACCGUCAAAGCUGUAAUCAUUGGCCAAGAUCCGUACCAUAACUUUAAUCAAGCUCAUGGUCUCUGUUUCUCCGUCCGCGCUCCUACACCGGCUCCACCUUCACUCAAGAACAUAUUCAAAGCCCUCGCAAAAGAUUAUCCAGACUUCAAACCUCCUCCAAAUAAUGGCGGUCUCCUUACUCCCUGGGCAGAUCGCGGUGUCCUUCUCAUCAACACAUGUCUUACAGUCCGAGCUCACCAAGCCAAUUCCCAUGCAAACCAUGGCUGGGAAAGAUUUACUCAAAAAGUCAUCGAUACAGUUGCUCUUAAAAGAAACAAAGGAGUGGUGUUUUUGGCAUGGGGAAGUCCUGCAGGAAAAAGAGUUGCGAAAGUGGAUAGGAAGAAACAUUGUGUUUUGAUGAGUGUACAUCCUAGUCCUUUGAGUGCGAGUAGGGGAUGGUUUGAUUGUGGGCAUUUUAAGAAGACGAAUGAGUGGUUGACUGAGCAUCAUGGGGAAGAUGCAGUUAUUGAUUGGAGUUUGGAUAUUCCUGCUGCUAAAGCGGGCGUUUGA